AGAAGCGACGGGGCUCCCGGGCCCGGAGCGGGUGGCGUUGGGGACGCCCAGGCAGGAGGGAGUCCUUGGGGCGAUAGAUGGGGGCGAACCCCUAGGGUCAUCGGGUCUCGGAACGACGAGGAGAGCCUGGGACCCGCGCGUCCAACGAACAUUUAUCGGAUGCUCGGCACCUUUCCCGACGGUUCGGCCUUUAUCUCGUGAUAAACUACGGUAAGGUGUGAACGCCAUGCUGAGGAAGGUGGCCGUGGCGGCUGCGUCCAAGCCGCACGUGGAGAUCCGCCAGGAUGGGGAUCAGUUCUACAUCAAGACAUCCACCACGGUGCGCACCACUGAGAUCAACUUCAAGGUCGGAGAAGGCUUCGAGGAGGAGACCGUGGAUGGACGCAAGUGCAGGAGUUUACCUACUUGGGAGAAUGAGAACAAGAUCCACUGCACACAAACUCUCCUCGAGGGGGAUGGCCCCAAAACCUACUGGACCCGUGAGCUGGCCAAUGAUGAACUCAUCCUGACGUUUGGCGCCGAUGAUGUGGUCUGCACGAGAAUUUAUGUUCGGGAGUGAAGACGGCUGGCUUGUCCCCGCUUUGGGGUGGGAUGCAGGCUCCCCCAAGGAAUAUGUCAUAGACCCAAGAUGCUAGUGGACCUCCCCUCCCUCCUUCAGCAUUAGAUGACCCCCUGUUUUCCCCAUGACAAUGUUGUAGUGUUUUACCCCAAGGCCUUCGUGCCUCUUAUGUCCCUGGUGCUCUGUAGUUUGACAUUUGCAUGGUUUCAUCAGUCAUUAAAGUGGUUGGACACAUGUCA